AUGAUCGAACGUUUGUGGAUCCGCAUCGUCGCGACAUUAACCUUGAAAUCGCGCUUGCCGAUAGAGCGGCGACGUUGGCCCACGGCCUUGGCACCGAAAGCGACGGUCACCACGGGGCUGGUCGGUGGCGGCGCCUUAGUCACCAGCCGCGAAAAGCUGCCAUGGCGUGGGCCCCCUUUGCCCGGAUUGCGCCCCCGCCACGGCCCCGACAUGAGGCCCAAGGACGAGACGGACGCGAAGCUCCAGAGCGGGACCUUCAUUCUGUCCGAGAAGAUCGAUGACACGAAGGCGAAGAAGAGCGAGAAGGAAAUGAAGAAGGAGAUGAAGCGGCUCGAAAAGGAGAAGCAGGAGAGGGAGAAGCGGGAGAAGAAGGCGCGCGAGAAGGAGAAGGAGCGCGAGAAGCAGGCGAAGAAAGGU